AUGUCUGCUGCCAGCUGUCUCCUAUCUGAAGCACAGUUUCAGUGCUCCAUCUGUCUGGAUGUCUUCACCGAUCCAGUCUCCACACCAUGUGGACACAACUUCUGCAAAAACUGCAUCAGCCAGCACUGGGAUAUCAGUGAGAGGUGUCACUGUCCCAUGUGUAAAAAGGUGUUUGAGACCAGACCUGAGCUGCACAUCAACACUUUAUUUUCUAAGAUGGUUUCUCAGUUCAGACGUAAAGCUCAGCAGAAAGCUGUUGUUGACCACAAGACUCAUGAGUUUGUUCCUCUGAGAGAAGAAUAUGAAGGAAGGAAGGCAGAACUGGGGAAGACUGAGGCUGAAAUUCAACAGAUGAUCCAGAAGAGACAACUAAAGAUUCAGGAGAUCAAAGAAUCAGUGAAGAUGAGUAAAGAUGCUGCAGACAGAGAGAAAGCAGAAGGUGUUCAGGUCUUCACUGCUCUGAAGGAGUCUGUUGACAGACGCCUGAACGAGCUCAUAAAGGAGAUCAAAGAUAAACAGGAAACAACAAAGAAACAGGCUGAAGGUUUCAUCAAAGAUCUGGAACAGGAAAUCUCUGAGCUGAUGAAGAGAAGCUCUGAGGUGGAGCAGCUCUCACGCUCUAAAGAUCACCUCCACCUCCUCCAAAGCUUCUCAUCCCUGAAAGCUGCUCCAACCACCAAGGACUGGAUAGAGGUCAGUAUCCAUCCACCAUCAUAUGAGGGGACUGUGGUGAGAGCUGUGGAUCAGCUGAAGGAGACACUCAGUAAAGACAUGAAGAAGCUGUUUGAGGCUGAGCUGAAGAGGGUCCAGCAGUAUGCAGUGGAUGUGACUCUUGAUCCUGAUACAGCACAUCCUUAUCUCAUCCUGUCUGAUGAUGGAAAACAAGUACACUGUGGUGGAGAGGAGAAUGAUCUUCCAGACAACCCAGAGAGAUUUUCUAUGUUUCUUUGUGUUUUAGGAAAGCAGAGUUUCUCUUCAGGCAGAUUUUACUUUGAAGUUCAAGUUACAGAUAAGACUAAAUGGUUUUUAGGAGUGGGCAGAGAGUCAGUCAACAGGAAGGAAGAAAUCACACUGAGUCCUGAGAAGGGUUACUGGACUGUAGCAGAACUAGAUAAAAAUAUUUAUGUAGCUCUUCAGGAUUUUCCAGUCCGUCUCCUGCUUCACCCUGCUCUUCAGAAGGUGGGGGUGUUUGUGGAUUAUGAGGAGGGUCUGGUCUCCUUUCAUGAUGUAGAUCAUGCAGCUCUUAUCUACUCCUUUACUGGCUGCUCAUUCACAGAGAAACUUUACCCAUUCUUCUGUCCCUGUGAUAAUGAUGAUAGUGGUGUAAACUCAGCACCUCUGAUCAUUUCUCUUGUCAACCAAUGA